AUGCCUUCCUUCUCUACUCUUUUCGUAACCAUCACGGCCGCCCUCCUCGUCCGUGGUGCAGACAACAGCACCGACAGUUCGAACACUACGGACACCACAAUCGCCACGGACACCCUCACCUCGGGCAACUCCUACGGUGCUCCUCUCACUCCCUGGGAGCAAGGCACGACGCCGGGAUGGUACUAUGGCGACAAUCCCGACAACCUCCCAGACUCUCUCACUGAUCUGCCUUGGCUCCAGGACAGCUACCUGUGCUGGCUCCUCGAGCAACAGAAUGAUGGCUUCCAGUGCCCCACGUCUCCGAGCAGCGAUGGCUACACCCAGCUGUUCUCCAACCUUACCGGCGCCACCGAAGCGGUCGACUACAUGACCUACGGAUUGGUCGAUACCGUUGAAGCUUGCAAGGCCAUGUGCGACAGUGUUAAUGGGUGUAUUUUCGUUAACUCCUACCACGAUGUCAACGGAAAGAACGGAAGCCCCCUCUUGACCUGUUCCCUUUUCUCCCAGUGCCACUCAGCCGCGGACUCGAUCAACCGUGGAGGACAAACUCAACCUGACGGUUCCAUCGAUUAUAUCACUAACAGUGAUGGUUAUUGCAAGCAGAAGUGCUCGUGCUCGGCCUAA